CCCGUUUUGGUUUUUUUUUAAAGCAGAUGACGUGUCGCGUCCUUUGGCCAAUCAGAUAUGAAAGCUCUUUUGCGGCUCUUUUUGAAAAACAGAAAUGGCGUCAGAAAGGAUCGCUGUGUUGGAGCAGCAAUGGGAAGCUGCUCGAAGAAAUCUUUUAAAUGUGGAGGAUGCUCAAAUGGCUGGGGAAGUGGAGCUUCCGGCCAAAGCAAUGGUGCCCUUUCUAGUUGAUAGCAGGAGGAAGCUGAAAGUAAUGGGCCAGCAGCUGUGUGUGCUGGACUACAUGCUCAAGCUUCUGGAAAGUGUGGAGUCACCAGAGGAGCUGCUGAACAGCUCUUGUCCUAAGGACACAGAUGACUUUGCCUACGCUCAGUGGAAAGCUCUGAAGAAUCAGCACAGAGAGGGCGCACAGGGCGUGCAGGACUGCAUCGUGAGUGUACAAGAAAAAAUGGAGCAGGCAAAUGAAAAGAGAGAGAUGAUCGCCCAGCUGAUGGUUACUUUGGAGAGAAAGAUAGCAGAAGCAAAGGAAAAGGCAAAACAAAAAAUGAAAAUGGACCGAAAGACUGAGAGAGAGGCCAGUGUGAAACUGCAGGAGGUGCAGGCUGCCCAGGAGGCCAGCCAGGAAGGUCUGCGAGUGACCAAGCAGAGGAUUGCAAAUCUUGAGGCCGAGAUAUCCUCCUGCAGUGCCCGCCUGGACAACUGGGUGCUACUCAAAGACCAGCUGCAGCGAUCAGUGCAGGCUACACUGGGCUUGACUGGCUACAGGCUGCAGUGGGUGGGGGAGAAGACGCUGCACAUAGAGCUGUCACCCCAAGCAUGCCGGCCAUCGCUGGGGCACCUGGAGCCCCUCUCUCUCUCACUCACCUGGGAGACCGAUGGAACGUUUGACUUGGAGGUGUUCCAGGGCACUGUGGGAGUUAUCCCCGAGUCCUUACAUGGUCCCAUUUCCCAGGUCAGCGCUACCUUACUGGAGGUUAUGCAGCGCUACCUGAGCCAAGGUGAAAUGCUUGCUGAGAUUCAGAAACUCCACACCAGGUUUGCCAUAGACUGGCAGCCGGCACAGCAAGAGCUGGUUUUCCUGAAGUCGGCGUCGGUUGUGUGCUGCUUCCGUGUCGAUACAGGCUACCCACGCACUGGGAGUGUCACUCUUAUGUCUGUGCGUGGAGAGAAGGGGCUCGUCAGUACUGCCGCUCUGCAGCCCCCACAGGAAAAUCCCUCCCUGACUGAGUGGCUGGAAUACCUUAGCAGCUGUCCGCAUAUUUAACGAACUGUACAAAUCAUGCUUGUAAAUAUUAUUGCAAGAGCGUAUGCAUUGUGUAUCAUUUGCAUCAGUUAUGAGGGAGAGCUAAAUACCCCAUAACAUUAAAAUGUUUUAAAUAUAUUAA